UCUUCCCAAGAUGGCGCUACACCUGCUCCUCCGGCGCUGAUCCCACCUGUUUUCUGCGCAACACACGGAAAUAAAACAUCUUUUUUUUUUCUCCAUCGUCCCCCCCGGAAACAAACAUGUCCACAGAGGAGCUGUCGGCCUCGGACAGCGAGGCCGUCGUGGCCGGCGCCGGGAAGCGAUGGGCUCCGGUGGGCGCCGUGGCCAGUCCCGAGGAGGAGGAGCAGGGCCGCUGCGGGAGCGCCGGCCGGCCGACGCAGAGGCGCUCGUCGUCGGCGGCCGCCGACGGGGAAAUGUCCGCGCGGCUGCGGACGCUGGAGGACGAGCAGCAGCUGCUGAACUCCUCGCUGCUCGCGCUCACCUCGCACUUCGCGCAGGUCCAGUUCCGGCUGAAGCAGAUCGUCCACGCGCAGAGCGACGACAAGGAGCGGAUGCUCGCCGAGCUGGAGGAGUUCGCGUUCCGCGGCUGCCCGCACGUGGUGGGCUGCCGCGCGCAGGACGCCGCCGCCGCCGCCGCGCAGCCGGAGAACUCGGGGGAUCUGACUGAGAGGGAGAAGAGGGAACGCCUGGAGGCCCAGAGGGAAAAACAGAAGGAUCUCAUUUUCCAGCUGAAGACCCAGCUGGACGACCUGGAGCACUUUGCCUACCAGGAGGGCAGCUACGACUCGCUGCCGCAGUCCAUUGUCAUGGAGAGGCAGAAGGUCAUCAUCGACGAGUUGAUCAAAAAGCUUGACGUGAACCUGAACGAGGACAUCGGGAACCUGUCGCCCGAGGAGCUCAGGCAGAGAGUGGACGCAGCCAUCGCUCAGAUCGUGAACCCGGCCCGAGUCAAGGAGCAGCUGGUGGACCAGCUCAAGACCCAGAUCAGGGACCUGGAGAUGUUCAUCAACUUCAUCCAGGACGAGGUGGGGAAUCCUCUCUUGUCGGAUGGAAACAACCAGCAGCCACGAGCGACAGGAGCCAACUCCAGGACUCCUGGGGUGAAGAGGAAAGUGGACCCCGAACAGGCGCAGAAGAUGCGGGAGACGGGCCUGCAGCUGAUCCAGAAGGCCCUCGCCGUGCUGCAGAUCUUCGCCGCGAGCCAGUUUGGCUGCGCGACCGGACGCGUCCCCCCGAGCAUGUGGCCCCAGGACUAUGCGCCGCAGGACUACGGGCCCCUGCUGCAGCGGCUGGAGGCAGCCGUGGACAAAGUGCGAGUGCUGGGCUCGUACAGACGGCCGUCCCUCGAGCACGUCGUCAACUACACCAGCAACUCGUCCCUGGGGCCCCGGGACGAGCUGACGGCGUCCGUGCGCAAGGAGCUGGCGAUCGCUCUCAAAGACUUGCUGGCCCACGGCCUCUUCUCGCCCUCUCAGACCAUGAGCUUGGUGCUGGCGCCCAUCUCCUGCCUGCUGCCGUACAGACCCGACCCGCAGACCAUGCACCCGUGGGAACUCUUCGUCAAAUACUACCACUCCAAAAACGGGAAGGCCUUUGUGGAGACGCCGGCCCGUCAGCUCUCGCAGUCCUUCAGGCUGCCGCUGGGCGGCGGCCCGGUGACCGUGACCCCUAAACAGUCCCUGCUGUGGGCCGUCCACACUGUGCUGAAGGAGCACGGACGCUUCAAGCGGGGGCCGGACACGGAGUUCAAAGCGCUGGUGUGCAUGGCUCUGAACGAGCAGCGGCUGGUGUCGUGGCUCAACCUGCUGUGCAAGUCCGGCACCCUGAUACACCCGCACUACCAGGCCUGGAGCUACAUGGCCCAGACGGGCUUCGAGGGGGCCCUGCGCAUCCUGGGCCGCAUCAGCCACCUGAAGUUCAACCUCCCAGUGGACCUGGCCGUGCGGCAGCUCAAGAACAUCAAGGACGCCUUCUGAGGAGGCGACACCACGUCCACGAAAAAAGUAUGAAAUUCAUUCGAAGAAGUAUUUUAUCCGCUCAACCACACACACCUCCUCCAACCUGCAUUCAGACGCAUGUCCUUCAAGUAGGUCACGUUUUAAAAGGUCAUUUAAGCGGAAAUCUACAGCACAUGCAUGGAUGAUUAUGUUGUUUGAGCUUCAGCCGUAUGAAACGAUAAUAAUCUGCAUAUUUGUUUUAGAUGCCAAAAUCGACGAGAAGACAAUGUUACUCGUACUGUAAACCUGCCUGAGGGCGGAGCUUGUGAUGACUUCCUCUUUAGUUGAGCCUGCGUGACCUUAGCGACCUGUGCUCCUCAUACAGUAUCAUACCCCCCCCCGUGUAUAUGACGGUGCCGUGAGAUUUGUACAGUAAUUAUUACUGUAAAGUGGCUGAAAGUAAAGACAAUCUUGGAAGAAAGAAAAAAACAUUUCUCGAUACUGUGGCUUCAACACAGUAGCCAAGAGCUUGUGGUGUGUCGGUCCUGGUGCCGCUCCGUUCUUCUUCUUUUUUUUCCGUGGACCGAAUUGUUCCGGUGGUGAAUCCCAUUGUAGCAGACGGGUUGAUUGUAACAGUUUCCAUCGGGGUACGUGAAGUUAAAAAAGUCGCCUACGAUUAUGCAGUUUGUGCUCUCGACUCCAUUUGAAACCUCUUGAAGUUGUUGUCGGUCUUUUGCACGUUUUGCGUUUUCAGUUUGCGUGAAACAUUUGGACCCUGUAUGAAGUUGCUGCUGCUCCACGUACAGUUACGAUGAACUGACGAGAGAUUUCGUACGAUGCCAAGUUUAUUUCGCGAUGUCAAAGUUUACAUCCAGCAUUUAAAUCAAAUGAUUGUAGUUUGGUUUUUAUUCCCGUAAUUAGUUUUUUAUGUUCAUGUCGACAGCGGAGUUGCAUGAAUCAUAUCUUUAAAUACUGAAAGUACAAACCCUAGAUGCCGUUAAACUUAAGUUAUUUUAUAUACUUGCUGUCCUUUUUUUCCUUCCGUUCGUAGUGAUGACACGUCAGCGUGUCAGACGAGGGAGAGCUGAUAAAAGCUGGGGUGAUAAAAAACCUGAUCUCUGACUCACGCUCGGCGCGUUAUUUUAUCUUGUUUAUUUUACGUACUACUGUUCAUACUGUGCAAUGCUGUCGUUUCCUUAUGCUUUCCCCCGUUAUGUUGUGAUUUAUGCGACCAGACCUUUUAUUUAUUUAUUUGACGGCAUGUUUUUAGCUCGACACUGAAGUGGGUGAGAACAUAUCACAACACUGUAACUGUAGCUGUCCGAGGCCGGGAUACAACCGUGGAUACACUGGAUGAUUUAAAUUAUGUAUUUAAAUUAUUUUUAAUAUUAUUGUUUAUUUUUAUUUAAUCACUUUGAUUAUAAGUAUGUAUAUAAUAUAUUGGGAGAUAUGAACUGUGCUCUUUGUUUUUAUAUAUCGUGUUUAAUGCGUAGUCACAGCUGUAAAUACAUUAAACAUAAUAAAUUAUGUUUACGA